GCUUCGGUAUAUUCAUAACAUUGAUAAAGUUCACAUGUUUUUCGUAAUAAGGGGGUUUUUGUUUCGUUGUGGGAGGGGCUUGACUCCCACCAAUCAGAAACGCGCUAACACGGGAACUUCCUGCUCGGGUACGAGCAGUUUUUUUUUGUCAGCUGGUAUUCGCGACGUCAACUCUUGACUAACACAAGUUACUUUGGACUAUUAGUUGCCAGCAGCGGCUUUAAGAUGAGUAAACCGAGGACUGGCGGCCAACGGCACCGAAAUGAGCGACUUUAACUUCUAGUCAGGCUCUAAGGCGUUUCUCGGCACUGCCGUUGAGCCUCAUGACAAGCACAGUUGUAUUGUCCUAGCUUGCUGGCUAACGUUAGCUAUUUGUCUGUCGGCCACUGGAGACAUGUCCUCAAGGCAGAAGUACCGUCGCCCACCGGCGCUCAUAAAGCAGGAGCAGGACGACGACUCGGACGCGGAAGACACGCACCUGGGGCUGCGGAGGGCAGACGGGCUGGAGUCCCAGAUCAUCCACAGUGGACACUUCAUGGUGUCGUCGCCCCACAGCGAGCACCCCCCGAAAAAGGGCUACGACUUCGACACUGUAAACAAACAGACGUGUCAGACGUAUCACUUCGGCAAGGCCAGCAUGUCGCACCUGUCCAUAGACGCGUCCCUCACCAAACUGUUUGAGUGCAUGACUCUGGCGUACAGUGGUAAGUUGGUGUCUCCUAAAUGGAAGAACUUUAAAGGCCUGAAGCUGCUUUGGAGAGACAAGAUCCGCCUUAACAAUGCAAUCUGGAGAGCCUGGUAUAUGCAGUAUGUGGAGAGAAGGGAAAAUCCCGUGUGCCACUUUGUGACUCCCCUCGAUGGAAAUAUAGAGUUGGAUGUCAACCGCCCUGCGGAGGCCACUGCCACAGAGAGCAAGUGCUGGAAACGAAGAAUUGAAAUUGUCAUAAGAGAAUACCACAAGUGGAGGACGUACUUCAAAAAGAGGUUGCAGAAGCACAAGGAUGACGACCUGUCAAGCCUCCUCAAGGGGCCGGAGGAGCAGUUGUCGUUGUUUGGGGAAGUGUCUCCAGACAUGCUCCGUGUCUCCUUUUAUCAGGAUGAAGACAGCGCUGCACGCCGUCUGACCCGCAAACACAACGAGACACCAGCGCCCAUGGAGAUGGACCAGCUGUUUGACAUGGACGUCCUGAUGUCUGAGUUCACAGACACCUUGUUCUCCACGCUGGCCUCGCACCAGCCCGUAGCCUGGCCCAACCCCAGAGAAAUUGCUCACGCAGGAAACGCAGACAUGAUCCAACCUGGGCUCAUCCCCCUACAACCCAACUUAGACUUCAUGGACUCCUUUGACCCACUGCAAGACUUAUUUCACAGCCUCCGUCAGCCCAUCUUCCCUUCUGUUUCCCCCACUGCCUCAUCUGUCCCCCCACUACCCAGCAGCAGCUCUCAGUCCCAGGCCCAGUUAAUGCCUUCUAUGCAACUUACAACCAGCCACAUCUCUUCUCCUGGCCCCAUUCCCAUCACCUCUCCCAGUGAAACCAGUCAAACAGGUGGCAGCAGUAAUGGUCCCUACGUGCAGGAUUACAUGACUCUGUUUCCUGGACAGGUGGAACGCAGCGAUCAAGCAGUAGCUUCUUCGGUCUCUCAGCCUUUAUCCCAUGAUCCUCUGGGACAGUGCCUUCCAGCCCAAGACUUGGCCUCAGAAUCACCUCUAGUUGCCUCAGCCUUGGACGACUCCUCAGAGCUGGAUGAGUCCGUGGUGCCGUCUGUGAUUACACACACAGCCUCAUCCACUGUCACGCCCACCGACGCAGCAGCCACCUUCAGCCACAGCUCCAUAUCCACACAACCUCCACCACCUGCUCCCCAGCUCCAACCCAUGGCUGCGUUGACCGUACCCCAGACUUUCGCCCUGCCUCAUUCAUUUCAGUCAUCCGGUGCCAUCAAGAACCGCCCUGUGCAGAGGAUCGCCCCUGCUAACACUCUGCCCCCAUCCCAUGUCAUCCUCACAGGUCCUUUUCCGGGUCAUGCCAAUGCCGUCAUCGUUACUCCAACGGCUCUGAAAGCAGAUGUGGUCUCUAGCGCUGGAGUAGUCCUGGCUUCGUCUCAUCUCGCAGGGCCCCCUGGAUUUCACGUUGUGUCCCAAACACAGAAUUCUGCCCAAACGAUUGUCCCCAAGCAAAAGUCUUAUUCCUCCAGCCGCAAAAAUCAGAAAGACUCCUGCAGUGCUGUGCACAGCAGGUCGGGAUUAGCUCAAGGGUCACCAAGUGUGCUGGAUCAAGUCCCUAGUUCCCAGUCAAUUCUCAGCAGCACCUGUAGCAGCACAGCUCUGGUAAAGAAUGAACAAAACCAGGGCCGGAGGACAACGCACAUCUCUGCCGAGCAAAAGCGACGAUCAAACAUAAACAUCGGCUUCAAAACUCUCUGCGACCUGGUUCCCGCUUUAAAGUCACAGUCAAAUAUCAGCAAUGCGGUCACGCUGCAGAAGACGGUGGAGCACAUCGGGAAGCUCCAGCAGGAGAGGCAGCAGAUGCAGGAAGAAGUCAAGAGACUGAGAGAGGAGAUUAACGAGCUCAACGCCUCCAUUAACUUGUGUCACAAACAACUGCCUGCAACAGGGGUAUCCACGAUGCGACAUCGCGCCGACCACAUGCAAGAGAAGUUCAAUGAAUAUGUAAAGAACCGAACUCUGCAGAACUGGAAGUUCUGGAUUUUCAGCAUCAUCAUAAAGCCUCUGUUUGACACGUUCAACGGGAUGGUGGCGACGACGAGCCGAGCAGAGCUGUGUCAGACCACGCUGCAGUGGCUCGACCAUCACUGCUCCCUCCCAGCGCUCAGACCAAUGGUGCUGGGUACCCUGCGCCAGCUGAGCACCACCACAUCCAUCCUCACUGAUCCCACUGUGCUGUCAGAUGAAGCGAUCCAGGCCGUCACACACACAGACAUGUAGCUCUGUCUUCCGUGCGAGAGGCCGUUUAACAUAUCACCAACGAUGUAGCCAUUCAAGCAACUCUUCACAUCUUCCAAAGACUCCUGACUUCACAAAACUAGAAUAUUUUUCUGUUGUGCAUUUAAUUGUCUGUGAUGAGAAGCCCGACCGCUGACGCUUAUUACAGUCGUACAGAGGUGCAGAAUGGCUACUAUUACCUUAUUUUCUUAAUUGGAAACUGGUACUUGUCAUUUGCUCUUCGAACAACGUAUUUAAAUAUCUAAGUAAUAUACAAAUGCAAAAAGGGAAAUGAUGAGCAUGUGCAUUUCAGGUUAUCUUUCAGACCUAUAGACAACAGAUAGCUUUGUAGCAAUGUUCAUAGUUAGGAUUAGCCAGAUGUCUAGUUUGCAGGACUUGUUUUUGAUGCUCAGAAUGAGAGCUUGAUCUUUCUCAUCCUUCAUUUACUCAGGUGAAUGUCGUUUAGCUUCAAACAUCUUCCUGCUCGUCAGUUUGACUACAAACUACACACGACGCAGUUAUUUAAGAUGUGCUACAUGAAUGAUUUUCUACUGUUCAUAUCAAAGCGUUAAGCGGUGAUAUUACUUACAACCCUCAUAGGGAGCACACAUAGCAAUGCAUAUUAUAAAUAUAUAUAUUAUAUAGAUGUGUACAGUGUUACGAAUGCACGGGAGCUGUAGCUGUUCUUCGUUUGUCACUCAGGGCUGAUGAGCGUAAAACCUUUUUAUUCAACUAUGAACAAAUCAAGUCAGGAUGCUUCUCAGCAGGAAGAUCCGUUUUCACAUGGUUCAAAAGUUUAUUUUCUGCUCGGAAUUAGACUCCUUUCUAAUGUGCGUGUUGAUGUCAUCCAAGAUAAAUAAAAUCAUGUCCAGACGCUGCACACAA